AUGGCGACUGACUCGUUUCCCCAACGCUUACCUACGCUGGAUCGGCUGGGGGUCACUGAUCCUUCCAAUGUCUCCUCGUCUGAGGUAGCCACCGAGUGGCUCAACGCUUUCUCAGCUGCAAUAGCUCAAAGUGAUACCGCAGCUGUCGUCGACCUCUUUCUCGAAGAUGGCUUCUGGAAGGACGUGAUCGCACUGACUUGGGAUUUCAGGACAUUCGAAGGAAGGAAGGACAUCAAAAAACUUUUAGAUGCUCGUCUCGCUGCUACGGGGGGUCUCAACGAACUGCGUCUCUUACAGGAGCCCUUGAAAGAACCUGUGCUGCAAAAAGUUUAUCAUGAUCUUGUUUGGUUGAGGUUUUGCUUUAGUUUCACCACCAAGCAUGGCAAGGGUACUGCGGUCGUUCAUCUCGUCCCCCUUCCAGAUUCAAAAUGGAAGGCCUAUACUCUGUUGACCUGUCUUGAAUCGUUGGCCGAUUUCCCUCAAAAACUCGGUCCCUUCAGAAACAAAGAGGCCGAUCAUGGAAAUUGGGGAGAGAAGCGGCGCCAAGAGGCUGAGUUCUCAAGCAACGACCCAACAGUGCUUGUUAUCGGUGCAGGGCACUGUGGUCUUGAGGCCGCGGCACAAUUAAAGUGCAUUGGUAUACCCACGCUUGUCAUUGAUAAGAAACCUCGGGUUGGAGAUAGCUGGCGGGACCGUUACAAGACUCUUUGUCUGCAUGGUACAAUCUGGUUCAACCAAACGCCUUACCUGACCUUUCCACCAACAUGGCCAGUCUACAUCCCAGCUGCAAAACUGGCAGACUGGUUGGAAUCAUAUGCAAGUUUACUUGAGAUCGACGUUUGGACGGCCUCAACGAUCACCAAGACAUCUUGGAACGAUAGCACGAAAACCUGGUCUGUCGAAGUCAAUCGCGGGGGUAAAGGUACUAGGGUUCUGACCGUCAAGCACCUCGUUUUUGCCACUGGAUCUGGCGGUCGUCCGAUAGUUCCCGACAUCCCUGGGAAGGCAAGCUUCAAAGGGUCUACCGUGCACUCGUCAGAAUUCGAAUCUGCGGCUAAUCAUAUCGGUAAAAAAGUAGUCGUAGUCGGUUGUUGCAAUUCUGCGCACGACAUUGCUCAAGACUUCUGCACUCACGGCGCCGACAUCACGAUGUAUCAACGAUCGUCGACGUUCGUGAUCUCGGUGGAGUCAAUGGCAGCAAUGUCACGCGCUCUCUAUAAUGAUGACUUCCCCACUGAGCUGGCCGAUACUUAUAGUACCUCGCUACCUUGGGCAGUUGCUAGGCGGAUGCAUCAACGUAUGGUUCCUAUAGUCGCCGAGACCGCAGACAAGGCUCUUUUAGAUGGACUGGCCAAAGUUGGCUUUAAGACCAAUCUUGGCAUAUAUGAAGCAGGUCUCAUGGCCCUUUACCUGGAGCGCGGUGGUGGCUACUACAUCGACACCGGAGCGAGUAAAUCUAUUAUCAACGGGGAUAUCAAAAUCAAAAACGGUUCCGCAAUCGAGUCCUUCACGGAAAACGGCCUUCGAUUUGCUGAUGGCACCGAGCUACAGGCAGAUAUCAUAGUGUUUGCUACGGGUUAUGGCGAUCCCCGUGACUUCAUGCGUGAGAUUUGUGGAGACGAAAUCGCAUCAAAAGUCACCCAGGUCUGGGGUUUAGACGAAGAAGGGCAAUCUUCGGGAGUGUGGAGGUACUGCGGGCAUGAUGGUCUGUGGUUCGCAAACGCUAAUUUGUCUCUGGCGCGCUUCCACAGUCUCCAUUUGGCCAUGCAAAUCAAAGCAAUAGAAGAAGGUGUUUUGAAUAGGGUGGAUAUAGUUAUUUGA